AGCGGGAACACGACGUCGUAGACCGGACCCAGAGAGAAGCGGAGCGGAGCAGAGCAGGCCACCAUGAUGGCACACACGCCUUUGCGGAACGUCAAUGAUAUGGUGCUGGCGCUGUUGCUGCUGCUGGCCGGGGUCGGUCCCGGGGGCCGCGGCGGCGGGGGUCCCGGUGCCGUGGCGCAGCUGGCCGCCAAGCCCACGCGCGGCCCGCACCCCAGCUCGCCGUGCCCGAGCGUCUUCAGCUACGAGGGCCGCGAGCCGGAGAAGAACCGCUGGUACGGCGUCAUUCUGGUGACCACGGACGACACCCUGGACGGCCUCCGACUCAACGUCCGCCUCACACAUCGCGCCCAGAUCCUCGGAAACUUUCUUGGCGACGUGACCACGUCGGACAACGUCGAGUUCACGAUCCUCGCUCUCAAGACGAGACUGACGCCCGGGCCGCCGCUCCCCGUCAGGAUCUUCGCUGCGUUUGGCGACCGUGACAACAUCCCAUACAUCGCCAACAUCAAGCUCAACGGCAGGUCCAUCUGCGGCAGCAGCAACCCCGACCUCGAGCAGGACACUGCGUCCCGACCUUUCACCACGCCGGUGACACCGCCCAGGUCAGUCACGACCAGCAUCAGCCGGCCACCGGGAAUCGGGGGUGCUGGGGGCGGCGCGGCCGCGAGCAACAGUGGGGGCGGUGGCGGCGGAGGUGGCGGCGGUGGCGGCGGGGGCAGCGGGGGCAGUGCGGGCAGCAUCGCCGCCGCACAGCAGCAGCUGGACCAGGAUGAGCCGAGGCCCAGCGCCACGCCCCCGGCCCCAGCACCCCCCACCCAACCGCCCCCCAGAACCGCCGCCGCGCGGCCCACGCAGCCGCCCCCCAGGCCCACCACCACCACCACGACCCCCAAGCCCAGCCCCGCGUACGAGCCGCCGCCGGGCGCCAACCCCGACAACUACUACUCGUCCAGCGGCGCCAACUCGGUGGCCAGUAACGAGCCCACACUGUACCAGCGGCCCGCCGAGGACGCCUACCAGCCCGUCAACAACUACACGGAGGAGCGCGGCGGUUACCAGCACUCGCGGCCGGCCCGGCCCCCCAUGGAGGACUCGUACCAGCCACAGCCCAACCAGACGGAGCCCGAGCGGGGCAUGUACCGGCCGCCCGUGGACGCCGAGCGCGACAGGAACAUCUACCGGCCCGCGCCCGCGCCCGCGCCCGAGCCGGACAGGGGCGUCUACCGGCCGCCCAGCACCACGGAGCGGCCCGCGCCCGUCUACACUUCCAAGUACAACCCCAGCGCGGACCGAGACUCGUACCAGCCGCCCCGGACCACCGCGGCGCCGCCGCGGCCCGCUCGCCCGGGUGCGACGCGCAGGCCGACGCCGCCGCCACCCGUGGACAUGACGCCCGUGCCGCAGCCCUGGCCGACGUCCAACUACGACGACCCGGUGCGCGGCCGGCCCGCCGCCCCCGAGCCGGCCGCCAGGCCGCGACCCACGCGCUCCACCUGCGGCACCAUCGCGCCGCCCGCCACCCCGCUCAUCAUCAACGGCGAGACCUCCAUCCCGGGCAAGUGGCCGUGGCACGUGGCGCUCUACAAGCCGCACGGCCGCGACUGGAAGUACCAGUGCGGCGGCUCGCUCAUCAGCCCCACCGUCGUGGUCACGGCCGCGCACUGCGUCACCACCACCGUGGGCCGGCCCGUCGGGCCCGAGUCGCUGCUCGUGUUCCUCGGCAAGCACGCCCUGCGCACCACCUCCGAGGACGGCGUCCAGGACAAGCACGUCUACUUCAUCCACGUGCACCCGGGCUACAACUACACCAACUACCGCAACGACAUCGCCGUGCUCAUCCUGUCCAGCCCGGCGGCCAUCACGGCGGCCGUGCGCCCCGUCUGCCUCUGGGACAAGGACCACACCGAGCUGUCGCACGUCGAGGGCAAGUUCGGCACGGUGGUCGGUUGGCGAACGGAUCUUGCCCAGCCAGACACCGAUAGCGACAAGGUGGUGGGCUGGGGCAUCGAGACGGACGGCCUGCUCACGGAGGAGCUGCACCAGGCCCUGAUGCCGGUCGUCUCGCCGGCCAUCUGCGUCUACAGCUACCCGUCCUUCUUCGGCGUGUACACCAACAACAAGACGUACUGCGCGGGCUACUCGCCCGACCAGCCGGCCGCCGGCACGAGCGUCUGCAACGGCGACAGCGGCGGCGGCAUGUUCUUCAAGCGCGACGAGGAGGCGCCCGACGACGAGGCCGUGUGGCAGCUGCGCGGCCUCGUCAGCCUGUCGGUGCGCACCAAGCAGGACCGCUGCGACCCCAGCCACUUCGUCGUGUUCACGGACGUGGCCAUGUAUGUCGACUGGCUCGAGAGCUUCCUCGCGCCCUGAGGCUCUACGUAGGACGACGACGACGACGUCGAUACCGAAAUUACACAUAGAUUUUCGUGGCAAAAUACUAUGCUCCCGUCGACGUCGAUUCGACGUCCGAUGAAAUUUGUGAUUGUUGGAGGAGGCGAGCUCAGCGUUUCGGGGGGACGUCCUGUUCAACUAUCAACCUCGCAAGUAUGGUCGUUGUGCGCGUGGAAAGAGAAGAGACGUGAGAGAGACUCGUUGUUGGGGACGGUGCCGCCGUGACGACGACGUCUCGACCGUCACGCUGUAUCGUCAUCGCCCCCGCGUUCCAGUGCGUUUGCUAACGUUGUUAUUUAUUUAUUACCGCGACUGUCACUUGUUAGUUAUUUUGUGUAUAAUGCGUGAUGCGCUCGCGCCGUCAUUGCUGUUUUUUGUUGUUUCAUAUGCUCGGGCGGGUGCGCAACCCGUCCCGCCAAACGAUCUCGCUGCGCCCGUGGAAAACGGGGCAACCGAGAAAAGUCUGAUGAAAUACUCAAGUGAAAUUUCGUUAUGUUAGAUAUUUUAUUUAAAAUGAUUUUAAGUUAUAUAGGGGAAACCCCAAACAAACUGUAAACGAUAAAUUCGUGUGUGACUGUGUAUUUAUGCGUGAAUGAGACUUGUUGGGUGAGGUGCAAACAUUUAUAUGCUAUUGUGAUUCCUAAGGCAGACAAGUACAAUACUUAGUACUUUGUCUCCUAACUAUCUGUUAUUGUUUAAACUGAAAACUGCAACCUGUGGACUGUUUAAGAUGUGAUUUUAUUUAGCAAACAUUAUUUUUCUAUUUAAUAUACCAUCACAACUAUUUUUAUUACUUGUAGACAAGCCAUACGUGUUACGAUUUGUACAUAUAGGAUUAAUUAAAGUUAAGCCAUAUUUUU